AUGGCGGGCGCCCGCCGUGCCUCCGCCGUGUUAAACGCAAAGAAAUUAAGAGACCACUACGAGCAUCAGCAACAGCAUGGCCGCGUUCCACCUCCUCCCCCCCACCCCAUUUCGAGCUUCGAGCUUGGAUUUGGCAAUCCACCGUCGAGCCCCGUACCGUCGAGGUCCGUCGCGAAUGGUCCAUUAGCGCGUCUAUUCUCGUCGACGCCGGUGCCGGCAACACUCCAGGCCUGCCGCGAAGCCCGGAACCUAAAGCUCUACGCCAGGGCCUUUUGCGAGAUCGAUGCCGAAGGUCGCUAUGUCUGGGUCAACUGGGACAUGGACAUCAUCUCCAUCGGGACGAGCUAUUUUGAGUACUUCCACCCGCCUGCGCCGCCCAUUAAGCGGUUCAAGUUUGAGCGCGCCAACUCUGAGUCAGAAGGCGGAUUCUUUUCCCGCUCGGAAGUCAAGGAAUUGGAUGCUUUUGUCAACAUCAUGGAAAUCUUUGUCGUCUGUGCCGACGGUGGGAGAGAGUGGCAUGGCGCUCUCGAGGAUCACCACUCACACUGGCGCUGCGGUGAAGAGAACGUGUACCUGAUCGAUCCGUACGGGGGUAUCAGAUGAUGAAAGCCACCGAACUGGACGCCAUGAUGGACCAGGGAUUUAAGGAAUGGUGGGCAGAAGAGGGGAUUCAGUACCCCAGCGGCGAGCCUCUCGAUACGGCCUGCGACAUCAAUCCGGAUACCAAUGCCCUUCCGCAUAAUCAUGGAACGCUUCCGCCACGUGCUGGCCCGAUACCGCAAUUCCUCCCCCUGAUCGAUGGAUGACAGCCGGCGAAGAUCACGGCUUCAACUCCUCCGCCUCGUCGGACCAGAGAACCACAGGCGACUGGCG